AUGGAUCAAAAUUAUGAAGAUUGGGACAACGAUAAUAAUAGUGUUACUUCUUAUUACGCAACCCCACCUACGUCUCCCAUUAUACAACCUGUUUAUAAUGCAGAUGAAACAAAGAAUUUCUCUCAUAACAAUGUCAAUAUCAACUUAUCUUCAUUAUCAGAUUUAAUGAGUGAACCAAUAUCGUUGUGUGACGAUAACAUCGGCUAUAUGAUUAAGAGUGUGAUUAUCGAUGAUUCUGUUUCCCCUCAAAAUGAUAUCCGUCAUAAUUUUGAUUCGGUGUAUACCCCUUCUACCCAAUUGAAAAAUUUACCAACUAUUUCUACGAUAUCUUCGACUUCUCUUGAAUAUCUUACAUCUUUAUCUAUUUCCAAGUCACCUUCUUCUGCAACUCUAUCUUCCUCACCUUCUUCAACUAAUACAACUUCUGUACAACCGCUGAUAUUAUCAAAAGUUGAUAUUUCUCAAUGUCAUUUUAGUCAUACAAACGAUGCUUAUCCAACUAUCAUAAAUGCCAAUUAUCGAGGUGAUAUGGCAUUUCUCUAUAAAGUUGGUGAUGAUUUGAAUCUAAAUGGUGGUGGUGAAAUUUCUUGCUGUAUUAAUGGAAUGUCUGAUGAAAUUUCUAUCCCAUUUAAUCAAUUAUGUGGAUUUAAAAUUACUUCUGAAAACAAACUUAUUAUAAAAUUUAAACAAAGUUUUAAAAGAACCUACCGCCGCCAUCUUGGUGGAUACCCGUAUCUUUUAGAUCCUACAAUUUUGCAAACAGAUCCAUCAGGUGGAAAAUUUAAUUGUUUAAGUUCUCUUACCUUGAUCCCUGAUAUUUCUGAAGAUUCUUCAAAAUUGGCCAAAAUUGAAACGGAAAUUGAAAGAUUAUGGUUUAAUAAACAUGGUGUUCGUAAUGAACUCGCUAAAGAUAACAGGCAAAAAUUGUAUAUAACUUGUGUAUUCCCUACCGAACGUCGUGCUAUCGCUGUUCCAAUGGAUUCUUCUUAUCACAAGUUAUUAGAGGUUCUUGAAUCAAGAUUUAAUCUAGCAAUGGAUAAUUUUAAUCUCAGAUUUAGGAAUAAACAUGGUGAUGUUGUUGUAUUAAAAGGUGAUGACUGUUGGGAAAUGGCAAAAAGUGAAGCAAGUGGGAAGAAUUUGGCCAGAUUAGAACUUCUUAUUUGGUAA